CAGUUGGAGCAGAGAGGAUACACACCUGUUGAACGGAGCGCUCUGGUUUUUAAACACACUUUUAAUUCAAUUGUUUCCCCUCCGAGAGUCUCAGAGUCCUCAGGAUGGCGGACACUCUUUUACCAAACGGCAUCAAAGAAGGCGGAGGAGACAUCACUUAUUUCAGAAAGGGUUGUAACCCGUUCGCCCAGACCGGACGAAGCAAACUGCAGAAAGAGCGAGCCACUCUGAACCAGCAGAUCAUCAAACAGAUGAGGAUGAGGGCUGGAGCUGAGAACCUGCUGAAGGCUACGUCCAAUAACAAGGUGAAAGAGAUGGUUCUGUUGGAGUUGAGCUACGUUAACUCCAACCUGCAGCUGCGGAUGGGAGAGCUGGAGGGACUCAACAGCUCAGUCGAGGUCUACCAGAACACCCAGGAAACUGCCAACAUCCCCCUCAUUGCGCUGGGUCUGAAGGAGACAAAAGACAUUGAUUUCUCUACUCUAUUCAAGGACUUCAUCUUGGAGCACUACAGUGAAGACGGGAACACUUUUGAAGAUGAGAUUGCUGACCUGAUGGACCUGCGACAGGCUUGCAGGACGCCAAGUCGAGACGAGGCCGGGGUGGAACUGCUGGCGAAAUACUCCAGCCAUCUCCCUCUGAUGGAGAACCGAUUCUUCCCCCCAAACCGCCAGACUGGCAUCUUCUUCACCUGGUAUGACUCCUUCACAGGAGUGCCGGUGUGCCAACAGAACAUGUCCCUGGAGAAGGCCAGCAUCCUCUUCAAUGGCCGCCUCUACUCUCAAAUCGGUACCCGUAGUGACCGACAAACGAUAGCCGGCCUAGAGGAGGCCAUCACUUCCUUCCAGAAAAGUGCAGGUAUCCUGAACCACCUGAAGGAGACCUUCACCCACACUCCCAGCUACGACAUGAGCCCAGCCAUGCUCAGUAUGUUGAUCCGGAUGAUGCUGGCUCAGGCUCAGGAGUGCCUGUUUGAAAAGAAUGCGCUGCCUGGCAUCCGAAACCAGUUCCAUUCCCUCAUGAAAAUGGCCCAGGAGGCUGCAAAGGUCUCAGAAAUCUACGAGCAAGUCCACCAGUCUAUGAUCCAGACACCAAUCAAAGACAAUGUCCCGUUCUUCUGGUCCACCACGUCGCAAGUCAAAACCAACCACUACCGCUCCAUGGCUCACUUCUUUGUAGCCUCAGCGCUCUUGGACCACCAGUUGGGUCUCAGUGACGAUGAGGACCAGCAAGAGAAGACGCUGUCACAGGUCUACGAUCGCCUCCCAGAGGGACGCUCUCCUCUUGACAUCCUGAAAAAAAGAGAUGAACGUGAACGCGUCGGUAAAGCACACAUUCGUCGGGCCAUACUGGGUCACGAAGAGGCGCUAAGGAUCUAUAGUUUGUGCCAUCACUUGAACAAGCUGGCAGUCCUGGAGGACAUCUUGUUAGCCAGUCACCAGCGCUCGCUCAACAAGUGCAGCGAAAAUGAAGACGAGGAGGAGUUCACUGAAUACAUGGAGGCCCCGGACAUCAUCUCUAAAACAGAGCACAAAGCGGAGAUGGAGUUUCCCUCAACCACAAAGGUGAAAGUCACAGACUUCUUCCAAAGGCUGGGCCCACUGUCGGUCUUCUCAGCCAGGCAGCGGUGGACGGCCCCACGGACUAUAAAACUCCCAGGAGACAGAGACCUGGGCUUCACCCUGAAAGGAGAAUCACCAGUCCAGGUGGCCUCGUUGGACCACCACUGCUCAGCUGCUGCCGAUGGUCUGAAAGAGGGCGACUACAUCGUUGCCGUGGGCGACAUUGAUUGCAAAUGGAUGAGCGUGAGCGAUGUGAUGCGGCUCCUGAAGAAUGUGAACGAGGAGGGGGUUGACAUCCAGGUGGUCAGCAUUAUGGACAGCAACCCUGCAAUGCCAACCAAGAGUGCCACCGUCUGCGGGAACCUGCCUAAGACCUACUCCAUGAUUUGUCUGGCCUACGAUGAUGACGACAAAAACCCCAAGUCACGCAAAGUCACCAAGAAGUCAUCGUUCCUCAACUUCGGUCUGAAGAACCGGCUGAAGAGCGCCAGCACCCUCAGCCUCCCCACGGCGGAUCACUCCGGUGCCCUUCCCUGGAAUAAGCCCUGUCCCUCUUUCCCCAGCUCCAGCUCCUACAACAACGACAGUGCCCUGUACUGAGCUGGCUGCAGACGUUCUACAGUUGGCAAGCAUCGUGCAGGAUGCAUACUGGGCCAAGUAUGGCUGCAGUGAGUGCUGUGUUGUACCCAUACUGAACCUGCUAUGAUAUGGUACCGGUUCCCUUCUGUGCUUCCACUGGAAUACUGAGCAGUAGUCUAUGUAGCUUAUGUCACCAGUGCAAUGAGGACAUUUCUGCCAGCUACCUGGGAACGUGGCUGUGCCAAAUACUGUAACAUAGGUGCCUGAAGUAAACUGGGCUGCACAACACAUAUAGUGGGAAAUCAUUGUGUUCUGCACCAGUAUGCGUACAGCACAGUACAACUGCACUGUGGGAAAAGCAUGCCAGUUAUUAUUCCAGUCUAUAUAUAUAUAACUGAUGAUAACUGGCAUGGUUUUAUAUAUACACACACGCACAUAUAUUCACACACAGCAGCGAGACAGGCAUCUAUGUUACACUGUCAUCUCAGUAUGUUUUCUUGAAGAAGCGCUCCAGGCGAAUUGAAGGACGCAAAAACAAAGUUGUACAGACACACCCAACGUCGGCUCCAACUUGGCGGCAAGGGGGUAAUUUUGUUGUGGCGUAAGCUGUCCCUUGUUUCUUCCAUUAUGUACUGAGCUGUGCACUGUACAGUUAUGUUCUGUGUGUCCUCAAUACAGGUUGCGUUUCAAGAGGUAUAUGUGAAGAAUUAGGUCAUUGCCACAAUAUUUGUUGAAAUCAGUAGAGACUGAUUGUUUUUUGGGGUUUGAAAUACAUACAUUUUCUAAACAGAUAUGUAGAUAUUUUAACCUUGAUUGAAGGGAGAAACAAAUUGUGCUGUGCAGAUGUUUUUUGUCCAGGUAGAGUUGAUGAAUGCAAAGUUCUAUAAGCUUAAAAAAAAAAAACACUUCUAUCACACAUACCUUGUAUUAUUGUCACUUUUGCAAUUGCGAGACAGCCUUUGAGGAUUAUUGCUUCUGCUGAGUGCGAUGCCUGGGACACAAUGUAAAUGGAACCAUUUGUAUUUUAGGUGUGGUAUACCAGUUAUGCCACAGACCAAAAUGCCUCCACAUCUGGAAUGUGCCAGGAUGUGCUUCUUGCCAUCUUAACUCAUCUUACCCGUUCUGGCCCUUUUUGAUCAGAGCUGCCACCGUCUGGCAGUUUGUCCAUUUGUAAGAAGACCGCAAGCUGCGUGUCUCUGUGUUAAUGUGAAUCUUGAUGUAGUUAAAAGGUUAUUUUGUCUCCAGAAGGGAAGAAUGUGGGAAGGCUGAUGGCAUUCCUGCAUCAUACCUGGACGGCCGGUCACUCAACAGUGACUUUGAUCAAAGCCCACAUUCAGGUUUUAGCUAUUUGCCUCUUCCUGUCGUAAACCCAGUCGCAUCCCUUGUUUUACUGACACUUUGCAGUGUUGGACUAUCUCUUUAUCUACAAAGUAGAUUUUUAUGCACAUUUUAUAAUCAAAUUAUUUAUGUAAUAAAAAAAGACACAAAAAAAUAUUUUAAAUAUAUAUAUAUUUACCUGUACGUUGUAGGUUUCAGAAUGAGUUUGAAUGGUCAAGUUGAGAAUUUUUGCAUGUUGGAUUUCUUGGUUGUUUUUUUGGAGGAAUGAAUUUUACUAACCUUGCGUAAUCCUUUGGUGAACUCUCUCUCUCUCGCUCUCUCUCUCUCUCUCUCUCUAUAUAUAUAUUUUGUUGAUGGAAAUAUAUUUUUAAAUGUUUUUAAACCGUAACACUGACGAGAUGUAACUCUACUGUCUCUGUUUACCUAAUGUGGUGUCUUAAGUGCCAUUUAUGCUUUCUCAUGAAGGACAAUUUCACAAUAAGUGCAGUAAUUGUUUGAUAUUAAUAAAUGCUUUCAGAGGAUUCCCCGUGCAUACUGAAUGCCUUUGUGUGUGCAGAGGGUCAUUGUACCUGUUCCUCUAAAGGUUUCAGGUUGCCUUUGCUUCUCUCCCUGAACUUUGUACUGCAUAGCAACUGUGGUGUGAACAAUUUGUCUAUAAGUCUUUGUGUCAUAUGUAUCAACUCAAAUCUCAAUAAAAGAAGGGAACAAAACUAA